ACCGAUUGCAAGAUGGCGACGAAGCCAAUCGUUCUUCGCUUGUUCCAUUUCCUCUUCGUUUCAGCAGGUAAAACAUCGACUCGUAAUUCUAUUUUUGAACUGAAACAACCAUUAGUUGUCUUUCUUCCAUAUUAGAUACUUUCAAAGUUGUAAUCGUUUCCCCUGUGGAGCAAAAUAUAACAUAAAAUUCAUUCUUAGGCUCAUUAUAGUUAACUUAAAUAUUGUUCAUAACCAUAUCUCGAACUUCUUAGUCAUCGCGUUUGAUUUUCAUUCUCAUCGAUUAAUUCGAUAAUGCAUCUCAUAAUUGCAUUCUAAACCAGCAUUUUUUCAAAGACAUUACAAUUUUCCUCGCUAUUUAACCUAAUCAUAAUGCUAUCCUCACUGACUUAGCUGCGAUGUACAUGUAAAUCGUAAGCGAAAAACCUUCCCACUACUUAGAUUUCUUUUUUACGUUUACAGUUACAGGCUUAUUAAGGAACGGGGAGGAUAGCUUCAUCAUUAGAGAACCAGGCAAGGUACGUCAAUUCCGUUGCUUUCUUCUUUCUGGAUGGUAAUUAUCACGUUCGAACAUGGAUCUUUUUGUUAAAACUGUGAUCAUGUGCACAUAAUCUGAGACGAGCGAUAACUUCGACCUACUAGUGUCUAAAGUAACGCUUCGAUCGUGCUCCAGCUAAGGUGAUGGUACAAAUUCCUUGUUUGUCUUUUUUCUCUUAUGAAUAGUGCGCCUAGAACGGCGCGAAACAUCGACCGUCGUGGUAGCUAACAAUCUGAAGUUUCACAUAGUGAUCUCGUCAUCGGUUUUCUUUAUCCUAAGCCAUCGAAAAUCUUAAUCUUGUUCUUUUUUUUCCUCUGCUUACAAUGCUUAAGUUUGCGCGGUUUCUUGAUGAAGUGCACAGUUUUUAGUGUUAUAUCAGUUAUGGGAUAUCCACUUUGACGGACAUGAAUUCCUUUUCAAUACACUUAUCAUGUGAAUUGACCAUUCCACUCGAAGUGACAUAUAAAUCCUUUUUACUUUAACCGAUUUGUUGUGAUGAAGAGUAAAUUUAAUUUUGUUUAUGCAAAUAAUGGCACACAACACAAACCAAAUUAUUAAGAAGUUUGUGUCUUACAAUCAUGUGUCCAAUUUUAAAUAUAUUUCUGGAAGACAUGUUGCUGUAAUAGUUAGCAGAAUAGAAGUCAUAUUUGAGUGUCCAGAUUCAAGCUCUGGUCAGGGUCAUUGAGUUCUAUUUUAAAUGCAGGCCACUUAACUCUCACCGUGCCUGUUACCUCACUGGAAUGUAAAUAGCACCAUUGAAAAGACAGUGAGACCUGAAGAUAGGCUGGUGUGUGAUGAGAGGGAGGAGGGAGGGGGCUACUAUGGAGGGAUAUUCCAUCCUGCAUCUCCACAAAUAUAUUUGUCAAAUAAAAAUGGCCCAAGUACACAAUGCUCAAAAAACAUACCUUUUCACGUUUCUAGAUACAGAGAUACUUAUUGGUCUGUAGACCCAGCUGUAUGAAGAGUUUGUUAAAGCCCUUGUAGUGUUGUACUUUGAAAUGAUAGGUAGACCUUAAAACAUUUAUCUUAACCCUUUAACUCCCAAGAUCUCAUUAGUAAUUCUCCUUACUGUAUAUACACAGUUGUUGUGAUGUUAGUUUGGAGGAUCUGGUAUUGGAUCAACUUAUAAUCCCUUGAUUGAUAAUUUCUCUUUAAUUUGAUCACUUGUCUACUUUAUAUUGUAUUGAGAUUGUAAGGAGAAAUUCUGUCUUGGUCACUUGUGGGAUUUAAAGGGUUAAGUGCAGAUUAUAUACAAUUCACAAUGAAACUCGUCGUGAGCAUAUUGAGAUAACAUUCAGAGUUUACUGUCGGUGUCCAUUUCGAUUGGUGGUUCUUGUGUAGACAAUUUUUGUUGCAGAAUAACAUGGCUCAACUGAAAAACUUGAUACCUAACUAUGUAUGCAUUUCAGCCUCAUCAAACAUGCCUUGUGUGAAUCAUAUAUGUCUGAGAUUCUUUUGUUUUCUUCCUCUGAAAACGCGACACUUCCUAAUUCCAUUUUGGUCCAGGGUCAGUUAACAUAUUGCUUUGAUAAGAAGGAGCAAAGUCUAAUGUGUCACAAUAGUAAUUUGGAAGGAUGUAUGUGUAUGUUUGACUUUAGAGGGUGAAUAAUCAUUCUACUUGCCUGAUGGGUAAGGCUUUUCCUAAGUGUGUUUACUUGUCAGCAUGGCUCUACUCUUUUCAUUUCAUUGUGUGAAAGAACAGUGUAUGUGAACAGUCCAAAGGAACUUAAAACCCUUCCUUUUAUAUUCACCCUUCAAUCUCAUUUUACUUCCAAAAAUGUCUAUCGGUCAAGAGUUCAAGUAAUUACAUUAAAAUGUGAAAGAAUGUGACCCUAUGUAAAUUAAAGGCAAGUGGUCCAUCACCAAAGCCCUUAUCAGAUUCCUGAAAGGGAAAUGACUAAGAGUCUUAAAACUGAUGAAUUCCAAUCAGGUCAAGACUUCUCUCACUUCUAGAAAAUCAGACCACACAACUACAACUCCUAGGUGCAAGCCAUUUACUGAAAUGGCUUGGAUUAUUGGUUAUAUUCUGAGUUAGAUGCCAGAGUGCUUGCCUGCAGUUUUUUUUUAGUUUACAUGAAGAUGCUCGGGUGUUGUGAUGGCAUAUACAUGAACAGACAACUUGGGAGAGGAACUGUGAGGUGCAAACUAUUUCUUGUAAGAGGGUAAUUUAGUGUUUUCAACUGAGUUGAUAACGUAAAUUGGCCACUGUAAAGAGGUUAAAGGCUGAUGAUUUGAGCAUUAGCCCUUUUCCAGAGUGAUUAACAAAGGGCUAAUGCUCAAAAUAUCAGCCUUUAAACUCUAAACAGAGGCCAAUGUAUGUUAUCAACACAGUUGACAACACUCAAUUACCCUGUUAUACUCUCCCACUGACACACCACAGUUUUUUUAGAAACUUACCAGUAUCCCAUUUCUAGUAAGGGUCUCACUAAAGAUCAUGAUAAGGGAGUUAACAGGAAUUUCUUGUUAAAGAGGGUUCAAGUUUUCAAGAAUCAACUGUAGAUUUCCUUUCAAUCUUUCUAGGAACUGGAAUGUAUCAUUUUUGCCACAUAAUACAUUAAGAUCAGUAAUGAACAUCUUUUCUGACGACUGGAUAAACAUGAUAUAGUUUUUUUAAAACUGUACACAAGACAAUUCACUCUUACUACUCAUCACUGUUUCUCUGGACUGAGGCAACCAGGACCACAGUACUCAAACUGUAUCAGAUGCUAGUCCAUCACAGGUUUUUCUUCCAUAGUAUCCAGCUUUCCCCCCCCCCCCCCUUUUUUUGGACUUUUUUCCUUGGGGUAGAGAGAGGCUGGUUUUUCCCACUUACACAAAACCUUGUAAUUUUAUAGAGUAACAAUUUCUGUGUUGUGCUGAACACAUCAUGUUACUUUCACGUGACUUCACGAUUUUCAAUGUGGUGAUAAGUGUGUUAUUUAUGAAGAGUAUUUUACACACAUGAUAUUGCUGUAAGGUGACUUUGCACAGUUAGAAGCUUGUUUGUUGAUUUUCACAUUAAUCCAUCAUUAAAAACUACUGUUUCCUCAUGUGAGGCUUUUCUUGCUCUAAACAUGAAGAAGUAUUCGGACAGGAAAAGCUUUCUUUUUUAAGAGCGAAGUUUAUACAGCAGCUCAACGGUCUAAUUUUUUGCACUCUAUGAAUCAUUAGACUUUUUUAAGCGCGAACUGCAUAUAAUUUUAGUACGAACAAAGAACACUCCAUGUAGGGAAUAACCAUAGUAAGCGUGCGAAUUUAUCAUGCAAAGGCAUAUUACAACAAGUACAUUAGAAGUUUUCAUUUAAAACAGUAAAAACGAGUAAACGAAAUGCUAGGUUGAAUUGAUAUUUGACUGUGUCAUAAUGAGACGUUGAUGUCCAAAGUUUCAACAAAAUUGAAAUCUCUUCUGUCGUUUUUGUGUAUUUCUUUUUAAUGAUUUUUCUCAACGUAUACCCACUCACACCCAAGCUAAAUUGCGUUUUGACGCUGUUUGUCAAACACGGUUUGAAAUUUUUUUCUUCACUUUAGUUGCUUAAACUCCCGUUUGUCGUCUUCAACUUUAGCUGACUGAAAAUGUAAAGUUAGUAAUUACUGGGGCCCUGUGUAAAAUUUAGUCUUUCAGUUUUCUGUCGCUAAUUUUUUUCAGUCCAACCCGGUUAAAACAAAAUUUUUUUGCUUUGUGAAUGGGGUAUUUAAUUAAGGAUUUACCCGGCGUCUGUUUUACUUGUUAAACAAAAUGAUAUUACACGAAACAGGCCAUGUUACCGCGACUGACGCAAAUUAGAAAACGUUUCACUCGUUGCAGAAAUUUGGAAAGAAAAUUCAGGUAUUGCAUGUCACUCUUUUGGGUAAGGUUAUGGCUGAGAAAAUUCAAAUCUUUGAUGCAUUUAUAUACCAGAAGAUCUCAGAAUAUUUUUUAUAUUUGGAUGAACCUUUUUAGGAAAGAAUGUUAUAGUAAUAAUCAAUUAUAUUUUAAUGUCAAAAGGAGAUUUUUUGGAAGUGUUGGAAGAUUUAGUUCAUGAUAAUUCGUCUAAUUAGGAACACUAUUGUUGAUAAAACUUCACAGAAUUUCAGGUUUUGAUACUGAUUCUUUGUGACCGUAAUAUUACGAGAGAAGACACUUGCAACGUGAGCAAAGACUCACUUUGCAAGGUGACAGCUAGUGACUGAUAUUUCAAAUACCUGAUAAUGGCCCUCUUAUAGUUUGUCGAAUCGUUAGUAAUUAUUGUGAAUAGUCUUUUUUCAGGGAUUCCGCCACCAGCACGAUGAAACUUCACGAUGAAUUGUUACUUCUGAGUUCAAAACAUUUACUGUUUUUUGAUUAAUUUACCUUCGAAAUGAGCCUUGAAGCGUUGUAUUUACCCCUUAGUGUAAAUGAUUUAGAAGUGACAUCUCCUCAGAAUUCCAACGCAUAAUCCAGAAGUCUUACCGACAGGGACAGCCCAGCAACCUGCCUCUACUUUUCACUUGUAUGUUUUUUAAUGUGUUGAACAAUCCUUUUUCCCCCCUAGAAUUCAGAUGUAUCCAAGUUUAUCAUUGCCCACACCCCAAACUAUGUGACAUUCCUACCAAACGCUGGAGCAAUUCCCUCGAAUGAAAUUUCCGAUGUUAUGGCACUCGCCAUGGGAUUUUCUUCUACUAAGGUAAGCUAGUUUGUUCUGCCUUAACAGAGACUAAGGUUCAAGUACACGACAGGCUGUUCAUGACUGGUGUAGAUGUUGAAAUGUGUAGUGUACAUUAACACUGCUCGUUAAUAUCCCUCAAUGGCUUCUCCUGCCCUCAUGCCUUUGCUACGAAGACAACCAUGAAAAAUGGUCAUCUCAGAGAUGAUAGUGAGGUUUGAAUUCCAGUGAGUGGUGGGAAUUGAAGAUAAAUUUAAUUUCCUAAAUUUUCGUUCUUCUCCUCUUUCUCCGACGAUGAAUUAAAUGUAAAUCGAGUCGAUCUUUUGGCCCUUGACUCGAAUGUUAGACAUUUUCCCCAAACUUGAAAUCAAGACUCUUCUUCAUCCUAAAUUGUGUAUUGAUAGCGUUGGGGUCAUUAAUGUCCAUAGGAAUUGAGCUGGGGUGGUUUGCUAGCAGGAGAUGUGUUCCGACGACCCAAAGCUAAUGUGCUGAUUACGGUUGAUGGCGUUACAAAAGGUACAGUAAUUUACGAGGCUAUUUUAAUGUAGUUUUUUUGCUUCUGUAACAAUUAUGUAAGUUCGUCGUAAAGGAAGACGUCAACUUUUACAACGAACUUAAAAAUACUUUUCCUACACACAGGUUAUUGAUAUGAAUCUUUUCUCCUUUUUAAUUGAAUAUUGUCGUUAAUCUUGACGCUGUUUAAUUUGGUCAAUCUUUUUGUUAGCUUUUUAAGUAAAAUAUUUUUCUCUUUUGUUGUUUCUUAAUGUGCGUGUUAGAUGACAAUUUUGACCUACCAGGAAGGGUUGCGUCAUAUCCCGUAGCAGAGGUAUGUGAAUGCAGUAGACUUUCCAAAAAUACAUAAUUCUGUGGAAUUAGAAUUUGACCAUCUUGCUUGUGGUCUCGAUCUAUGGACCUCUCGUAAUUCGCUGGCCUUCCACGUUGGGUAAAUUUUGGGUCCACGCCCUGAGGCUAUCCACUGCCUUGUGCUCUUAGGGAAUAGAUUGAGGCUACAAAGCUUCCAGAUUCCUUUGUCCGAUUUCAACCUGAAUGGAAAAUUUCCUAUGUGGACACUCUGGCCUGGUUUUUGUCUCAAAACUUGAGGAUCACUCCAUGUUCACCAUGUUAAACCGAGCAGAAAUUUCUCAUGUGCACCGAGGCGGCCCAGUGGUCGGGCGGAUGUAGAGAGGCUAACGAUCGUUGUUACCAGUUUUUUCCAUAAUUAUGCUACACCACUAAAGCUAUGCGCCCUACAGGGAAUAUAGAAGGGAGAUUUAGAGCGACGAGAAAUUAACCUUCGCUGUCACCUUGAAGAGAGACUAAAAGAAGAGUGAACAAUUUUUUUUCAUUUCUUAGUUCGAGGGUGUUGUGAGUUUGGCUGGAAUUCUGUCCACGUCAAGAGCCACACACGAAAACCUUCCGACGCGCGUGGCCAAUGUGUUCGGUGGCAAGUCACUUACAGUUUCCAUGUCUGGAAGUGAAGUGGUAAGUGACGCCUUGUGUUGUAUGUCCGUUCCUAUGCUAUCAGGUGCUACAGGCCAUGGGGUGUAGGGGAGGAGUAAGGAACAUGACCAGGUGCUACGGAUAAUGGGGUGUCAAGGGAAAGGUCAGGAACAUGACCAGGUGCUACGGGGUAUGGGGUGUCAGGGAAGAGGUCAGGAUCAUCACUAGGUGCUACAGGGUAUGGGGUGUCAAGGGAGGGGUAAGGAGAAUUACCAGGUGCUACAGGGUAUGGGGUGUCAGGGGAGGGGUAAGGAACAUCACUAGGUGCUACGGGGUAUGGGGUGUCAGGGGAGGAGUAAGGAACAUCACCAGGUGCUACAGGGUAUGGGGUGUCAGGGGAGGGGUAAUGCACAUUGCUUACCACACUGAAAAGCUCAGCUUCCUGUUCUUGAUUUCUAUUUGACGGCCUUGUUUCAUUCUUUUUUUCUCCUUUUUUAUUUUAAUCGUGUGUUUUUGCCUUUUUUUUUUUUGUUUUUUUUUUUAUUGAUUGUUUGAUAUUUAUUGCAUCAAACGGCCCAAAUUGGCGAUUAUCGAACUUGACAAACGCACAUUUCUCGUGCGCAAAAAUGAUGCCAAUCCUGGCCUACUUUUAGUCAAUGACUCCUUCCUUGUGCCUUGUAGCAUUCAACAUUUGUACUUGAGAAAGACAACUAGUUGGAGGGUGGGGUAAGUUUCUAAAGCAACUAUGGUGCAGGCGUUUCGAGCGUCAGCCCUUCUUUCAUUCGCUGUGACGAAGGGCUAACGCUCGAAACUUCAGCUUUAGAAACUCUUUACGGUGGCCAAUUUACAUUAUCAACUUAAUUGAUAAAACCAAACCAUAUAGUUUGAGGAAGAUUGGGUACAAAGGUUAGCGCAGGUAUGGCUUUACCGCGCUUAUACAUAUUUAUUAUAGUAAUACAAUUUGCUGUGUUUCCAUGUUUAGUUGGCGGCUGCUGGUCAUACAAUAGGCUCAAAUAGUUACACUUCGUUUUGGAAUCAGGCCGAGAACAAGUUUGAACAGGCCGAAGAAAACACCGUGCAAGGUCUGGGAGACUUGAUAGUCACCAAAGACGAGGUAGGAUUCGAGUGAAGCAAUUAACGGAUCAACAGCUAUCCUCGUACAGAAAAAAUUGUUUUGGGUGUUAGCACAGCUUGUUAAAUGUGGCUUAAACCCUUUACACCCUAACAUCAGUUUGGAUAGUCUCCAUACUAUCCUCUGUUUAUUUCCUUAGAUGCUGACAAGUAAAAUUUGUUUAACAAUGAAGAGUUUCUUUAGUUGAUGAUCAUGUCCUUUAUUCUCAUGACCUUAAUGUUUGAUUCAGAAAAGAUGGUGUAAGGAGAAAUAGGAUACUAAUCACAUAUUGAUGAGGUGGAAUUUGGGACAAAGGCCCUUUAUUCGUAAAAUUGCCAUCUAAAAGAUACCAUGUCUCGCCAUGAUUUACUGUAGUCAAACUCAGAACAACUAAGUUAGCAGACCGAGUGGCCGGUAUUUCCGUAAAACAUAUUCGCGUGAACAGUUGGUCAGAUUUUAUUGAAUUAAACUGACUCGUUUACCUUUAAGGUAAUAAAAAGACUGGAGAAGGCUGACUUUGGUAAAGGUAUGUUUCUUUCUUUUUUUAUUAAGCAGUCCUCUAUGAAGCUGGGUUGGAUUAAAACAUAUAAGGAGAUGUACACUUAGAAAAAAAUAUACACGUGUAAUUACUUGUCUUGUUUGGUCGUCAGGUGUAAAGUUUGCUCCAAGCACCAAAGAAUUUACUGUGUCGGUGCCUUUGAAAGGAAAUGCUGUCUUCAACAUGGAAAAGAAGGUUUGUCAUCUUUGCUAACCAAGUCUCCUUUUUAAACUUUGUAACAAAUAUGUUUUUAGUUUCAUUCAAGAGAUGAAACUUUUUGGUUUAGUAAGCAUGUAAUAUGAUCUAAACAUAUUCACAAAAAAAACAAACAAACAUGCAUUUGUCAUCUCCAGUUGUAUGAACUCACUUCCGUGUCAAAGAGUGCCACUGAAUUUUCGCGUCAUUUUCUCUUCAGGAAGAUUUUCUACUCUUCGCUGAGGUCGAUGCCAUCCUUCAAAUAAUAGAGAAGGUGAGAGAUUUAUCCUCAGAAGAGAUCCCUUUUGCGAUGGCGGGCAAACUAUUUUACCUCUGCGUACAUGCUAAUAGGCUUACUUGGCCUCGUUUUUGAGGUGAAAAUCGCAUUCUUGUAAUGUUGAAGGCAAAACAAGAAUUCCCAAUUUAUAUGAAUAAAAAAAACAACAACAAUUAGCACGCGAUUAUAAAAGAAGAUUUUUGUAUUUUCAAGAAACUCACAAUUUCAGAACAUCUUUAUAAUUCCUUGUUUUGUUUUGCAGCUGAACUCUGAUCCUAGCCUUGUGCAAGAUGGCGUUCCAGAUGUGUUCACUUUGGGUCUCUCCUCUGUUAAGGUAAGGUUUUGCUUAAGCUCUCUCACACGAAACUAGAGGGUUGCAGUGUAAUUUUAGUUUUUUAAUCUGUGCGUUUGUUUGACUGAUAUUUUUUGUGCUCUUUUUUCCUUUUUAUUUCAAUGUGUUUGUUUUAUACACAUGGCUCUAUUUUUUACUUCUAUUGUUUUGUGAUUCACAAAUUUUGCAUAUUGCUUUGCAGUUAAAUGCAACCUAUAACUUUCUGGAUUCGAAUGAGUUAAAUAUUGUUGUUGUGUUCCAAAUUUGAGCUUUUCAUUUACUCGCAAUGUUUUCCUCCUUAUAUGCACUAAAUGGUUUCUACUCAUGCCUCGUUUACAGGGACUUCGCCGUCGCUAUGGUGACCAAUCCUUACAGGCAGAAGGAGCUAUUCAAUUUUUGAAGGACAUGAUUCCCCAGGUAGAGAUCAUCAAAUGGUUGCCUUGUUUCACCAAGCACCUUAACCGCACCUUAACCGUACAAUUUUAAACCAUUUCAUUCCACUAUUCUAUCGUUACAGAUUGUGAAGAAGUUCUCUGAUUUAUACAACGGAAACGUUCUGGUGGAAGUUUUGUCGUUGCAGUGGCUUGGGUAAGUUGAUAGCAUUUUCUUUGUUAUAUUUAAAGAAAUUUCUGUAUACUGUGGAAGCAAAUGAUUAAUCGUGGGAAGUGCUGUUACUAACCUGUCUUUUAAUUUCCCCCUCCCCCUCCCACUCCCAACAGUGAUCUUCACACCAGAUACCCACGAGAGGUGCACGCCGUCUAUCAAGAAGUUGAACCUCACCUGUUAUCACAGUCAAGGGACCUUUUCCAUGACCAGCUUCCCUCUGUUACGCUCAGGCAUGAUCUGGUGAGUAGUUGCUGUUGUUUGAGUGGAAUCAGUUAUGUUUGUAUACUUUGUUUUUGUGCGAGUGAAUUUUUAAGGUUUUAUUGCUUGGUAAAGCAACAUUCAAUAAUGGUGCGAAAAUUGAGAGUCUUUGCUUGAUUUAAUUUUCUGACUCCCCCACUCUUCCUUCCUUUUCAUUCAUUUCCCUCUCAUGGCGUUUUUUUGCGUCACAUCACUGUUCACCGCUCCCUCACCCUACCUAAUCCCAACUCUUUUUCUCCUCCCUACUCAACCCUCGUCUUGAUUCCUCUCCUCUCUCCAUUCCUACCCCUCCCCAUCUUCUCCUCUUAUUCUUUGAACCCUAGACCUGGUACUUCUCUCCUUCGUUGGUCUCAUUCACUUCCUCCUUCCUUUACUCCUCCUACAGACCUUCCCCUAUCUUCUUCACGUUUUUUCCUUUCCCCCUCCAUCCUUCUCCUUCCCACCCCUCUCCUCAUAUUCUCCGUUCCCCUCCCUUCGCACCCCACGCCCCUCCCAUUCCCCUCCUCCCUUUUACUGCUUCAUGUCCUCCUCCUCCUACAGACCUUCCCCUAUCUUCUUUUACUCUUUUUCGUUUCCCCUACUCUCCUCUUAUUCUCCAUUCUCCUUCUUUCACACCUUACACCCCUCCUACAGAUCUUCCCCUAUCUUCCUUCACUCUUUUUCCUUUCCUCCUCCAUCAUUCUCCUUUCCACCGCUCUCCUCAUAUUCUCCGUUCGCAUCUCUUCACACCAUACACCCCUCCCAUUCCCCUCCCUCCUCUCACUACUCCAUGUCCUUCCUCCUCCUACAGACCUUCCCCUAUCUUCCUUCACUCUUUUUCCUUUCCCCCUCCAUCGUUCUCCUUCCUACCCCUCUCUUCGUAUUCUCCGUUCCCGUCCCUCCAUACCUUGCACCCCUCCCAUUUCCCUCCUCUCUUUCACUACCUCAUGUCCUUCCUCCUCCUACAGACCAUCCCCUCUCUAGUCUCCUUUCCCUUCUUACCCCUCCCUUUUCAUGCCCCCUCAGGUCACCAAUGCCUUAUUUUCCACACGCCUUCCCCUUCUGCUCUUUUUUCUACCAGAAUACAAUUGUGUUACUAUUACUGUUAAACUGACCAGAUUUUCAAUAAAGUUGUUAUCUGGAUUUAUUAUUGAACAGGAGGAACAAGCGAAGCAGUCGUUGUGUGAGUCAUUGCAUAAUAAACUUCUUUCGGUACAGUCUGCUCUCAAGGUAUGUGUCUGGUUGAGUAUUGUGUUUUUUAGUUAUCAAUUUCCUUCUCGUCCCAACAACAACAACCUGGCAGAUCGCGCAUAUACUUAUCAGAGAAUUAUCAGUGUGGAGAAACGAGAUUGAUAAAUUCACAAACUUACUAUUCCAUAGUAUAUGAUGAAAAAUGUUUCAACGCGUUUUCAAAAUAAACGACUGUCUUCUUUGGAUUGAAUUUAUACAGCGCAUGCGCAGGGCACUCCAUGGUUUCUUGUAUCGUUCCCAAUUGUUCCUAUGUACUCCCUAAUCCGUCUUUUUCUGUUUCUUUCAAGUUAUUUUCUUGAAAUUUUUUACAACGGCGUUUGACGGUGCUGAAACUGCCCAUUAAACUUCGUCACCCAUGUUUUUUUCAGAUAUAUUGUAAUAGAAAGCCCAGAAUCCGGCGUGCAGUGGACAGUGAUCCACAAUAUCAGGUACAAAUGUAUUUCAGGUUAAACAAGUAGAUUUCUUCGGCGUGGGAUUGAUCAAACCUUAGUUUGCAAAUGACAAAUGAUGUCUUUAACUCCAAAGGAAAACUUAGAUGAAGUUUAAAAGUUGACUUAUUCACUGGCAUCUACCACUUAAAAAAUAGUCUAUUUAUCGAUAUGUUACUCACUAGUUAUUGUUAUCGUCUAAUAGGCUGGUUCCGACACUGAUUUGGGCAAAGUGAACUUGGCCACCGAAUACUCCGAGGACUAUCCCAUAAUAUUCAACAUCUCGUUGUGGCUGCUUGUAGUUCUAGUCAUCUCCUUAUAUGUAAUAUGCCUAGUGAUGUGGUACAUGGAUCCGGGACGUGAUAGUAUUAUUUAUCGCAUGACCAGUCAGAGAAUUAAGAUGGAGUGACUCGGUGCUCAAAGUGGAGAAACUCUUGGCAACAACAGAAUUAAAACUGAUUGACACACAUUUUGAGGUUAAACAAACUGAGUAGUUGAGUAUCUUAUGCAGCAGUGAUGGAGAUGUCAAGUAUUUUCUUCUUCUACCGAAUGGUAAUUGUUUCCAAAGUACGAUCAUUGCGAUGAUUUUUGUGUCAAGGUUCAGGUUGAUUCAUUGGGAGACGAGAUUAAAUUUUUUGUUUGUUUGUUUGCAGUUACUCUGGUUUUUAUUUUGAUAAUAUUUUAGAGGUGAUGAAAUUAAAUGUCUUUCAAUUA